AUCUCAGUCUGAGUCCCUGCCAGCUCCGUCCCAUCUCUCUUCCCCUCGUGCGUUCGUGGUCGGGAAUAGCAGGACAUGGAUAAGGGCAUUAUUGGGGCUGUUCCGACUCAAGCUGGGUCUCGUUGGGUCAAACUGGCUCGAGCCUCGCUGGUCCUCCUUCUUUGCAUCUUAUUUGCCUUGACACACUUCUUUCAAUCAACCCCGCGUCACGUUCGCGUUCCAGCUCGCCUCCGCGACGUAGAAAUCGCCGACCACUGCGCGCACUUGUCCCCCAUCGGUGCCGACGAGUUCCUCGCACGCCGAGAUGCGUUGGCACAAACUCUGCGUGACCUGAAUGCAUCGAUGUAUGUCGCAGAGCCGGGUGCUAGCAGUCUAUUCUACGGGAAUAUCUCCAAGUCGAACUGGGGUUUGUCAGAGCGGCCACUCUUGCUUUUGGUCACACCCGAGGAAGUCGACGGCCGUGUCCGAGGCAAGCUGUCGGUAUUGACUCCAGCAUUCGAGGCGCCGCGCGCCAAAAUGCUUCCUCUGCCGUCCUCAGACGUCACAUUCGUGUCCUGGGCGGAAGAGGCGAAUCCGUACCUGCAUGCGUUGGCCGUGCUCUCCGACACGCCCGGGAGCAUCUACGUUGACGCGUCCAUCCGCACUUUCAUUGUCGAUGGCCUACGAGCUGCGCAUCCCGAUUCCGACGUGCACUCGGCCCCUUACGAAAUCCGUCGUUUGCGUGAGCGAAAGUCUGACGCUGAGCUUGAGCUCAUGAAGUGCGCCAACGAAGCUACGGUCCUCGCUAUCCGCGCGGUGCACAAGAAGCUGUAUUUCGGAAUACACGAAUCGACUGCGUCCUCUAUGUUGACUGAAGCCCUCUC